AUGCUCGUGCUGUUUAUCAAUCGUCCACCGAAAGACAAGAAGACACCCUCCUGUGGACGACGACGCCUUGCGGUGGGGAGCCUGGUAUAUAAGGUUUGCGGGGUGGGCCGGCAUUCAGUCAUGCUGCUGCUGGUCGUGGCGCUGCAGGCCGUGGGGGCUUCGCCCCAGAUCGUGAGUACCCCAUCGGGCCAGUAUCGGGGCUACCAACUUACCUCAAACAGCGGACGUCCUUUCCAGGCAUUCUCCGGCAUCAGAUACGCUCUCCCUCCAGUCGGCCACUUCAGGUUUCAGGAACCACUACCCAUGCAUGACACCGAUGAAAUCUUGGAUGCCAUGAAUGAGGGAUCUCCGUGUCUUCAAAUUGACUCACUUGACUCUUCAGAUCAAGUUAUUGGAGAUGAGGACUGUCUUUACCUCAAUGUAUAUACACCAAGUAUUUCCAAUGGAACAUACCCAGUUUUAUUUUGGAUACACGGUGGAAGCUGGAAAUGGGGUUCUGGGUCUUCCUCCAUGUACGGCCCUGGAGCAAUGCUGGAUAAGGAUGUCGUUCUUGUAACCAUUAACUACAGGCUUGGUCCUUUAGGAUUUUCUAGUCUUGAAGAUGAUACUCAUCCUGGAAAUAUGGGACUGAAAGACCAGUUAGCAGCUUUACACUGGACUCACCGUAACAUACAUGCAUUUGGGGGAGAUCCUGACAGGAUCACAGCAGCAGGGCAGAGUGCGGGUGCUGCAUCUGUUUAUUUUCUCAUGAAUGCUCCAGCCGCUCAAGGGCUUCUGGUUGGCGGAAUAGCACAAAGCGGAAGUUGGCUUUCACCCUGGGCAGUUGGAACACCUGGAAGUAUAAGAGAAAAAACUCUUAAAUUGGCACAGCUAGCAGACUGUAAAGGGAAAACAUCUAGAGCUGUCAUGUCUUGUCUUUUAGAUGUUCCUGGUAAAAAACUGAUUGAGGCGGUUAAAAACUUUGGAUUGCUGGAGCAGGAGCUUCUUCCUUUCAGGCCAGUUAUAGAACCCAAAGGGGGUAUCAUUGUUGAAGAUCCAUGGAUCACUGUGCCGACUCCUCUUCCUAUGUUAACUGGAUUCACAUCAGCUGAAGGAGCUUUUGUUGCCGUCAUUCUCAGCCAAGGAGGAGGUUUAUUAAUAACUAUAUUGGACCAAGCAUUUGAUCGAUUUGCUCCUGAUAUGCUGAUGUAUGCUGACACGGCUUCCUCACCUUCAAUUGUUACGAAUGCAAUCAGAAACUUUUAUCUAGGUGAAACAAAUAUAACUGGCAAAAAUUUAGGACCAGUGAUUGAUAUGGUUAGUGAUGCAUGGAUUAUAUUUCCUGUCCAUGAGUCUGCACUGAGGCAAACUGGACCAGUAUAUGGUUAUAUGUUUGAUCACAGAGGUGCAUCUGAUGUUGUGCAUGUUCUGGGCAGCAAGCAAGAUUUUGGUGUGAGUCAUGGAGACGAUAUUCCUUAUUUAUUUAAUACUGAAAAACUUAACAUUCAAACAAUCGGCAAUGAAGCUGAUAAGAAUACAUCUCGACAUUUAGUUGAGAUUUGGGCCAACUUUGCCACUACUGGGCGGCCUUUCAUGGAUGGGUUGGAAUGGUAUCAGUUGGAUGAUGGUGGUUAUAUGGUAAUAUCAGAGAAUUUUUCUCAAGGACCCGUUUUAUCUGACAGAAUAGAUUUUUGGUCUUCACUUCCUUACAGAGACAAAGUGAAACCCAAACAUGGUGAUUACAUACCAGAUUAUUCUACAGAAAGUUUUGAAAUUCUUUAAGAAGCCAAAAAAACCUCAGUUUUGGGUAACUUUCCUCAGAGAACAAAUGCCAUUUCAGCAUUAAAGUCAUGUUACCAUGUUUUUUUGUUUUUUUCAAAUUAAAUGUAAUUUAUGUAUAUAUAUAAUGUUAAGUUAGAACAUGCAACUAGAUGGAUAUUGUUAAUGUAUACUAUGGCAACAGAAUUGAGCUUCAGAAUUUAAUAAUUUGAUUUUUUUAUAAGUAGUGUAUUAUUUGAAAUGAUUUUGAUAAUACUGAAGGAUUGAUCUCAUAAUGUUGGCUAACCACAAGUGGUCUGAAUAAGAUGUAAAUAAUUUAUUAUUGUUUUAUGUAAAAAAUUGAUUAUGUGUAAAAUUGUAAACAAGUAUUACACAAGAAUCUCCCUAAUGUAUAAUAUUUUUAGCUCAUAUAAAUUAUAAAUUUAAAAGUCUUAUCCAUUAUUUGACUCCCAAUUUAUUAUUUAUUUUUCUCUUCCUGUAAGAGAAGAGAAUGUAAAAAUCUUUUAGUCAAUAAAGUAUGUAAGAGUGAUGAAA